CAUCGACUAGUGGCUGUCACUUUUACGCUGUGACGGUCUGUAAAUUUAUUGUAUUCGCGUUAUUUCAUUUGAUGUUUGUUCGUUCAUUAAUAAAGAAGUGACAGAGUGCUUGGUCGUGUCUGAAAUAGGAAUACAAAGGAAUUUACAAUAAUUUUUUAAUUGCGCAUUAAGUCAAUAUGUCAUAAGUUCAGCUAAUAUUUAAAAUAGAAGAUACUGAAGUGGAACUGAACUAUAUCCAUCAGGCUGGCAAGAAACGCUGAAGAAAGAAAAGCAAGUACUGUAUUAAGCAGUCGAAAUGUGGAUUAACAGCCGGCAGGCAGUGAAUUCCAUAGACCAACUGUUUAAUGAUUUGAUACAAGAAUGUAUGUAUGUGGCACCCGGAGCACGACUCUCAUAUUUAUUACGGAGUAGAUUGGAAAAGUAUAAGAUAGAUAUCCGCAAAGAGAUUGUUACUCGAAUAAAAGAUGGAUGUGCCCCAUUGUUCAUCGCAUGUAAAAGAGGAAAUGUUGAGAUUGUGGAAUAUCUUAUCACAAUGUGUCAUGCUGAUAUUGAGCAAAGAGGAAUGUAUGAAGUACCAGAUGAUAGAUCAGUACACUGUGUAACACCACUAUGGUGUGCUGCAGUUUCUGGGAAAUUGCCUGUCAUAAAAUGUUUAAUGUCCCAUGGAGCUGAAGUCAAUGCUGUCUCUGAUACAGGAUCUACACCAGUUAGAUCUGCAUGCUUCAUGACACAUUUAGACAUUGUAUCAUAUUUGGUGGAGAACGGUGCAGACAUACUCAAAGCAAAUUAUAAUGGUGGAACCUGCUUGAUAAAUUCUGUGCAAAGUGUGGAACUGUGUACUUUUCUAUUAAGGCAUGGUGCUGAUGUAAAUGCAAGAGAUAUACAGAACAAGACUGCCUUACAUUAUGCUAUCCAAGAGCACAGAUUCGAAACCACGAAGCUCUUGCUAGAUUAUAAUGCAGACCCUCAUCUAAAAUCGCGCUGCAACGAUGAUGCUCUCCAGACUGCUUGCUUGAAGGGUGCAACUCACAUAUUUGAAUACUUAGUGGAAAACAUAUUUUAUACAAUGGAAAGACUAGCUGAUGCAAACGAAUUGAUGGGAUCUACAUUUUUCGAUGAACACAACGAUACUCAAACAGCACUAAAGUACUGGAGAGCAGCAAUGGCAAUCAGAAAUGAUAAUAUGGUGCAAGGCAAGCCUAUGCCGAAAAGGCCAGUUAUACCAAAAAGAGAUAGUUUUCGGAAUGCAACCGAGUUCACUACCAUCGAGGAAUUAAAUUCUAUUUCAUUAGAUCUGGAUGCUAUAAGAAUACAGAGUCUAUUAAUUUGCGAGAGGAUCUUGGGGUCGCAUCAUAAGGACACUCUCUUCAGAUUAAUGUAUAGAGGAGCGUCAUACGCCGAUGCUUUAAGAUACCAACGUUGUAUAGACCUAUGGAGGAGAGCGUUAGAAAUACGUGUCGAAAAAGAUUCCAUACUGUAUAACGAUACUUGUUUCACUGCUCAAGCUCUUGUCCGAUUGAUGGUAGACUUAAAUAAAAAAACCGUAGAGCUUAUAGAACGGGAUAAGGAAGAACCCAGAUUUUGUGAUGUAGUAGCCAUAUUUAAGUUACUCACUGUCCAUUUGACGGAUGCUAGACAAUUACUAGAGAAACGUCCAGUACACAAGAGACAACGAGAUAGCUAUGACCGUAUUUUAAAGUGCGUUACGCAUCUUAUUUACUUAUUAGUGGAAACUGCUCGUUCUGAGGAGGAAAAAUUAGAAACGAGACAACUGGUGUACGAUCUAGUUAGACAAUGUCCUAAGUCUGCAUCUACAGAAGAUUCUCUUCUGCAUCUCUGUGUAUCUAGCUUAAACACUAUUACCUCAAGCUACUUCACUGCCGAUGACAUCCAGAUGAUUUUUCCGCACUUGGAAGUUAUCAGAUUACUUCUAGAAUGCGGAGCACAUGUAAAUGCUAGAAACGAGUCACGGUCCACUCCACUACACGUUGCCAGUAACGCUUAUAAUUUCCAUAAUUCGCUAAUUAAAUUACUGCUGGAUUACGGGGCUCAUCUGGACACACCAAACAAAUCUGGUGACACACCGGCUCGUCUCAUAUCUUCAAAUUCCUUAAAUAACGUAAAUCUUGUAAAUUAUAUCACUCUCAAGUGUCACGCAGCUCAAGCAAUUUGCAAAUACGGUAUUCGUUGCACGGAGCUGCCUGCCACUCUACAUCGUUUCCUCGAAUUUCAUAGAGAAUAAGGGCCAGGUGGCUAUUUUAGAUUUUGCCCAGCAAGUCGUGAGUCAAACGAAACAUAAAAUAUCUAUAUCUGAACACGAUGAUUUGCAAGCAAGAAAAACAUUGAAAUAUUGUAACUCUCACUUUGACAAUUCGAUCGUAGACUCAUUGCGGUUCGGCAUUAAUCAACGCGACGAAAAUACUUUAGAGAGAGAAUAAUCACAUCUAAUCCGGCUCACUGAAGAUAUCAUAAAUGAUUAUGUGAUUAAAGUAAUUUUAAUGAGAUGUGUAUAUAUAUAUAUAUAUAUGCUACGCGUCCAAACAUAAAAGACUGGCUUAAGAAAAAAUCUUUUCUACGAGAGUUACUUGUCACUAAUUUUAUUAACAGCAGAAUCCUCAAAUCUAGUUUUUAUCGUACAUUCGCAUCUCAAGCGAAUUGAUCGCUUGAGUUUGAUAUUAUCAUUUGAGGAUAGAGCACCAUAAAUCAUAAUAUUCGUAUUUAUAUAUAUGAGCGAAGGUGAAUAAGCUAGUGCGUUUUUACCAUUUCUUCGCAUAAAAAGGCUGCAUACAAUAUAAACGAGAAAUCAAGUUAAUUAAUCUCUAUUUAAAAUACUUAGUCUGCGUACGAAAACCGCCAUAGGAUUAUUAGCAGCCAUAUAGCAAUAUUAAGGAGAAAAAAGCUUUGGUAUGAAAGAGUGAGAAAUGGAAAAUUGAUAGUUAUGAAUUAUUCAUAACGUGAUACAUUUAACAUUAGGCUGCCACAUAUGUGUUAUUACACGCAGUUAGGCGUAUUUAAAUUUUUUUACAAAAAGUAUCCUGUCAUUUAUAAAGGAAAAACUCAUUGUAUAGUGUAUCAAUUGUAUAUAGUAUUAUUAUGGACAAAUUAUCAAUAACUAUUACGUCAGAUUCGCAUUAGCUUGCAUGUUCAAUCUGCUUAUCAUUUGCGUUACUGUUUCUUCAAUUGUGACAGGACAGAUGAGCA